AAGUGCAGCGCGUGAAUCGAAGGUUCCGCGCGUUUUGUUAUUUGGUAACAUUAUAAACUUCGCUGGAUACAUUGUUGCCGCAACGCUUGUGUUCAGAUCAGAGGAAACCAUGUAUCCGAUGGCAGCGGGGGGAUAAAAGGGGGAAGAAUGAAGAUCUUUUGCUCAUGCAUGGCUUGAAUUAGUGGUUGCGGCUCAGUCGAGUCCAUCUAACUGUAAUUUGUGCUGUUGGCCUGUUAGCUUUAGCAGAGUUAGCCGUAGCACAAUAUGAAAGCUCCUUAUAUCCAGCAGCAGGGAGUUGGAGAGAGCGCGUGAACACCAGUCUCAGUGCCAGCUGACAGGCUGAAAGUUUCCCGGGACUCUCUCUUCUGGCGAACUGGAUCAAUGAUGGAAUUGCAAACAUUACAGGAGGCCCUGAAAGUGGAAAUACAAGUCCAUCAGAAACUUGUCGCCCAAAUGAAGCAGGAUCCACAGAAUGCAGAUCUGAAGAAACAGCUUCACGAGUUGCAGGCGAAAAUAACGGCUCUGAGUGAGAAACAGAAAAAAGUGGUGGAGCAGUUGCGGAAGGAGUUGCUGGUGAAACAGGAGCCCGAUCUGAAGCCGCAGACAUUCGCAGCAACCACAGAUGGUAAAACCGUGCUGCUGACGGCCGCUUGUCCUGCUUCACAGCCGCUAUCAGGCCCUCCACACAACCAGGGGGCGCCACAGAAGACUCUCACCGUGACGCCGGUCAUAACUGCAAAGACUCUACCUCUCGUGCUGAAAGCUGCCACCUCCACCAUGCCUGCUUCCAUGGCAACGCAACGCUCCGCAGUCGCCAUGGUCACUGCCAUCAACAACCCCACGAGACCCGGCGCCAAUUCCGACUCUCAGAGCACACCAAUCAACCUUCAGAUGGCCAGCAAGCUACCCAAUCAGGACAUGGAUGCCGGCACACGGAUCGUGUCCAAGAAUGUCAUAGUCGUACAGGCCACCACCACCUCUGCCCAGCCUAUCAAAGUUCCCCAGUUUGUCCCUCCUCCUAGAUUGACGCCUCGACCCACCUUUCAGCCACAGGUUCGACCAAAACCACCCACUCCCAUCAAUGUGCCCAUCGCUCCAGCUCCUCCUCCCAUGGUGGCGGCUCCUCUAAUCCAGCGACCCCUGAUGCUCACCACCAAACUGACGUCAUCUCUACCCGCCUCUGCUGGGCCCAUCCAUCAGGUGCGCAUUGUGAACGGACAGCAGUGCACAACCAUCGAUAAGACCACGACCACAGUCACAGGCACCACGCAACUCACAGGCAUUGUCAUCAGCCCUGCCCAGACACUUCAGAUCAGCAAUCUUAACUCAGACUUGAAGACUGUGAAACCACAGGGAGGACCAGAACAGGUGGUCAUAAAAACCCCACCUUCAUCCUCUCCUCCUCUUCCUCCUCCUCCUCCUCCAGCUAAGGUCAAACGAGAGGAAAGCCCACAGAAACUUGCCUUUAUGGUGUCUCUUGGGUUGGUCACACAUGAUCAUCUUGAAGAGAUUCAGAGUAGAAGACAAGAACGUAAAAGAAGAACAACGGCCAACCCAGUGUACAGUGGAGCAGUGUUUGAACCAGAGAGGAAAAAGAGUGCUGUCACUUACUUGAAUACUCCACUGCACCAAGGCACCAGGAAGAGAGGUCGCCCUCCCAAAUACAGCACCACAACUACCACCACCACCACCAACAGCAGCACGGCGGUGCCGGAGCUGGGCUGCAACCCCCUGCUCUCCCCCACCAGCAGCCUUCCCGCCUCCCCAGCCCCUGAACGGCCUGACACGGGGGGCUUUCCCCUCUCUGUCCACCCUCAUUCUGUCCCCCAGCCCAGCCCCAGCUCCGGGGAUGGAGACAUCCAUGAGGAUUUCUGCACUGUGUGCAGACGCAGUGGGCAGUUGCUCAUGUGUGACACAUGUUCGCGCGUCUACCACCUCGACUGCUUGGACCCACCCCUCAAAAACAUUCCCAAAGGCAUGUGGAUCUGUCCUAAAUGUCAAGACCAGAUUCUGAAGAAGGAAGAGGCCAUUCCCUGGCCAGGUACCCUAGCAAUCGUCCAUUCCUAUAUUGCCUACAAAGAAGCAAAAGAAGAAGAGAAGCAGAAGCUAAUGAAAUGGAGUGCUGAACUAAAGCUGGAACGGGAGCAACUAGAACAGAGAGUGAAACAGCUCAGCAACUCUAUAACAAAAUGCAUGGAGACAAAGAACAGCAUACUUGCCCGUCAGAAGGACAUGCAGGCCUCUCUGGAAAAAGUGAAACACUUGGUCCGCCUAAUCCAGAGCUUUAACUUGACUCAGCCCAUGGAGACAGAAACCCUUAAGAAUUCCAAACAGGACUGCACAGAGUCAGGAAACAUCAAAGACUCAAAGGACACUACACAAGUGUGUGUACUAGAGAGUCCCACCGAGCCUAGUGUGCAAGUACCAGCAGCCGUAGCAGUGCCCGAAGUGAAGGCAGAGCCAGAGGUCGGGGAAAUGGCAGAGCCAGCAACGGCAGUCACACCUGAGGCUGUAUCAGGUGAAUCGGGAGUUAGUGUCCUUGAAGUGCCCAAAACCACAGUUGAUGAGGACAAGAUGGAUACAGCAAAAACUGUGGAGCCUGCGGAGUCACCUCAGGUCAGAGAUGUAAAGACUAAUGGAGGAACGGACUGUGUUUGUACUGGGUUGAACCCAGAGGAGGAGAGUACCGUCAAUGCCGUGGACUCAGAGAACAUCCCUCCUAUUGACAGCAGUUGUGCAGAGGAUGCCGGGAAGAUGGAAGUGGAGCAGCAGGAAGAUGGAAGUCAUGGCAUGAACACCAACAACGGCAAAACCUCAGAACCUUCGCAGCAGGCUUUGCCAGCCCCUCUAAGCAGCGUGGACAACCCCAAAUAGUUCUCAGCCUCACCCCAAACACACCUACAUCACCAAAACAUUUAAACAGAUUUCCUAUUGCACCUUGGACUGGUGCACAAAGUUGCCAAUCUAUACGUAUAUAUAUAUAUAUAUAUAUAUUAUACAUAUAUAUUAUCUAUAUCCAAAUAAAUGUUGUCUUUUUUAUUUUAUUUUAUUUCUUUCUUAAUGCAUAUGAUAAAACUGUGUCAACAGUACUUCUACAUCCAAGGCAAACUAGUCUUGGUCCUUGUAGACCAAUAGAGCCCAAGCUUGUGGGUUGAAGGGGGACUUAUGAAAGAGUGUCAUGCCAAUUAUUAGAUUAUUAUAUAUAUAUAUAUAAAAGAUAAAUAUUAGUUUAUUGAUAGGAAUAAUAAUGAUGGUGAUAAAGAUGGAUGAUUUAUCAGAUCAGACCAGUGUGUGCCUCCAGUAUGGGGUUUGUUUCAUAGGUUGUCUUAGUUGUCUUCACUCCGGGAGGAGAAAGACAGGGCAAACAUGUCCAAAGACUGCAUGAAUAUGCCCACACCCUGUGCACCUCUAGCCAGGCCUGAGAGGACCUGCAAAACCAAAACCUUCUCUUUCCAAACAAGACUUUAAAACAAACAAAAAAAAACCUGAUGCAUCAGUAUUCGCCAGUGACGAGGCAUAGGCUUUGAAUCCUGUUGCUGGUGUAAGUUUAGACUAAAUCAGGACUUGGCCAGGACUGCCUAUAGCAACCCCUCUAAUUUUUCUCCUCCACUCUACAUCUCGUCUGCAUUUCCCAGUUAGCAGUAGAAGCGUCCCGUCUCCAAGUCAUCUCAGGCUAAUCAGCGGUAGAGUGCAUGGCAAAGCCUCUCAAGAUCUUUGACAAAGGGCUGGAAGAGAACGCUACACCAGAAGUCACAUCUCGGUAACUGCAACAAAUCAUGCGUGGUAGAUUAGUCUGAAAAGUGGUGUCGGUCCCGUGUAUUGAAUGAGUCUUGUACUAAAGUCUGUGUGUGCGUGUGUGUGUGUGUGUACUCGAUGCUGUUGUGGAUUUUUUUUUUUUUUUUUUUUAAGAAAAUAUAUUCAGGUCUUCCUAGUCUUCAUUGAAAAAUAAGUGCUUUUCUGUUUCAUGAAACAGUCAUUUGUUAUAAAUGGUGUUUAAAAAUGGCAUGAAUUAUGCAAGCAGCUUUCUCGAUCUCGGAGAUGCACAUUGCAUAAUGACUGUCUGUUUUUGUUUGAAUCCCGAACUGCCAAAUGCUUUUUUUUUGUAAUCCUUAAUAAUGGAAAUCUCCUCUUACAGUGUGUUUAGUCCAGAAUAUAAUGGGCUAGUCCCAUCCCCAUUUUUCCCCCAUCGUUUGUUUGUUUCUCCCUUGGACAAACAAUAAUGACUAAGUCACAAUUUGCUGUCUUAAACUUAAGGGUUUGAUGUAUGAGCCAAAUUGAGUAAUAAGGAAAUGACAGAAAACCCUUAAUUAAAGCACAAGCUUUAUUGCAGAUAACUAAAGCAAACGCACUAAGAACUUCUUUCGAGCAAAUCUUUUCAAAAGCGCUUAAAUCUUUUCUGUUUUUACAGUGCUUGCCAACAAAACAUCAUGUAUAAAGGAAAAUGGUGGCCAGUUGGUGGCAAACAUCGUGGAAAGCACUGUUUAGUUCCGACUUCUGCUGUUUUUUGUUUGUGUGCUGGCUUGUCCUUGUGUUAUCUUAACCUGUUCCAGGAAAUGUAAAGUCUUAACAGUAAUGCACGGCUGGCACCUUUUUUGUGUUUAUUCCAGGCCAUUCCAAAACAGCAUAUCUCUUUUACCUUUGUGAUGACAGCCGCCCUGGCUAAGGUUGAACAAAUGACGCAUAUCAAAUUCAGUGUAACUGCUUGGGACAAAUUUUUAAGUGCUUAAUUUUUACUAUACGAUGUAUACAAUAGUGCAUAUUUAUUGAAGAUUUCACACGGACGAUGCAUAAUUCUGACUGUUUCACCACGAGAGAUAACCUUACCAUAAGGUGGACUGACCUUUACCUUAUUGUCUUUUUUUUAUGAUGGAUUUGUUUUGUUUAGUGGGGAUUUCAUGGCUUUAAAACCAAUUUGUUGUUGUUACAGAAUGGGGUUUUGGCUAUAUCAACAAUGUGCUGCAAUUUCUCACAAUUUACUGUGAAAAUUCACAUACUUAUCCUUAAUACAUUCCCAUAAUGCCCUGUUGCCCUUUGAGCCAGCAUUGGGUAAUGAUGGACAAACAUUCAUAUCAUGGCGACCAUUAUUGUGGCAUACAGACAUGAAUAUAUAAGGCCUUCCAGAAAUCACCGUUGUCAGUCUAGAGAAUAUUUAAAGAAGAAUACUUUUAUUUCUUCCUGUACAGGUGCCCAGAGUGCCUUCAACUUUUUACAUACUGAAUUUAAUCUCCUAGCUCACCUAUGUAUUUUCCCCAAAAUAUCCAGAAAGAAACUGGUCACAUUUCUCUGUAAGACAUCCCGCGAUUAGAAGCACAUUUGUUGUAAUUUCAUUGGGUAAAGUGAACUGGAUGUAGUGAUGUGUUUGUGUUGGUCUGGUCAUGUCUGUCGUUACUAAACCUAGUUAUAUCAGCUGUGAAGUUCAAGAGCCCCUGUAGAGUAGGCUGUAUUUAAGGAGUUGCCUUGCUUUUUGUUUUUUUUAACACUGAACAAAUAUUAGCGAUUGCACAAAAUUGGUCUGUACAAAGAGAGUUGUUCCUAAUAAUGGGUUAUGAAUUAAUUAAUUGGUUUAAUGGACCACUCAAUGCCAGCUAAAAAGUGCAUUUUUGGAUUGACAUUCAUUGGAAAAAGUUCUGGAAGUUUAGAAAGUCCUGUCUUUAUGCACUUUUUAUAGGAAUGUCCUAAGUAUUACCCCAAAAUACUUAAGUGUCUGCUCAUUUUUUAAUUAUUUGUGUGUGUGUAAAAUUCUUUGUGUUAUCACAUUAACAGGACUGUUCAGGCCAGUGGCUCUUCUAACGUCAUACGUAACACUCUGCUCUUAAAAAAAGACAUGCACCCUUUCUUAUUCACUUCAUUUUUCUUCAUCUCUACUUGAGUCACUGUUUUCUGGACUUGUACCUGAAUCAGGUAUUUCGAUUUCAGCCUUGACUUGAAUUUAGCAAGGCUGAACAGAUCAAAGAAAACCCUGCUUGGUUAAGACUCAAACCCCCAGAACUCCACCUGUCCUAUCAGUUCAACGAACGACAAACGAAAACAAAGCAUGCCUUCUUAUGCAAAUUUUUAUAUAAGUUUUGUCAGACUUUUUAAAUAUGCAUUUAGUUUUGCGUUUCUUUUGUAAAGAUUUUUACGUGAACUUUCUGUGUCACUUUCCUUUUUACAUGUCUGGCGAAGACGAUGCCAAAACGAAACAGUAUACAUAUGUACAUCUAUUGCAUUUUCUUUCCAUUGUCGUUUAAAUUAUGAACAAUAGACACUUUCACGUCUGUAGAAGGUAGUUCAUUCGUGUACAGAUACAGAUGAGGAUUAUUUGCUGGCCACUGUUUUGGCGUUUUAGCAGUGUAUGAAUCUCAUGGACCGUUACUUUCAUUCAAGUCUGCCUUUGCUAGCACACCAUGCUGAAUGUUAUCGAUAUCUCGGGGGGGGUCGUGGGUGGGCUGGUGUUUUGGUUGUUGGCGGGGCCUAUUUCCAUUGGUUGAGAAGAUGUUUAUGGUCUUAUCUUGGAGAAUGCAUGUAAUGUGUUGUGGGUGGGCCAUUUAGAAAGAAGAAGGGGAGGGAACUUCAGAAAGCCACGCAUUCAAGUUCUUAAGUCAGUAUACCCAAAGAGACUGCAUUUUUGCUAUUAGGAAGCCUUUUUAUAUGCAUUCCAGAUACAUAUCAUUGAGACUUGUUUGUUUUUUCCCCCGUCAUGAUUGAUUUCUGCUCUAUCUUAUGGCUUUGACAUGUGAGAAAUGCUUUGAGCUUGGUUUUGAAAGGCUUUUUUGGAGGUUGCGGUGUACAUUUUAUGCAUAGAACUGAAACAUUUUCAGACCCAUUCCAGCCGUUUCAUCCUGUCACCUUAAUAGUGUGUAGAUCAUCCAUAUUUUUUAUGGUGCAUCAUAAUUCCACAGUGACAGAUGGAAGUCAUUGUAGUUUCAAUGUAGUUUCUGUUCACUUUUCAUACUAUUUACUCAGUCAUGAUUGUGGCCUUCUUGUACUGUUGAUGCAUUUCAUUUCUAUUGUCGUGACUUCCCUGGUGUUGUGCACUGUGUGAAUGAGUGUGUGUUUGAAGAGAUGUGUGUGUGAGCGUUACCUCAUCUGUCCAAUUGGAAAACAUUUUUGUUUACGCGUGCAAAAAAUAUAAAAAUCCUUAAAAAAAAAAAAAAAAAAAUCUUCCACUUGAUGAAACACAACAGGAUACAUUGUAGCGACGGUUAUCUAAAACAAAAAAAAAGAAAUAAGUUCACCCGGUGUGCUGAACUACGUGUAAAUGGUUUAUUACACAAUAUGAAUAUUUGUAAAAUUGUUUGUAUUUUUUCAUAAUGAUUUUAAAAAGGAGUGUGUUUAUUUUUUGACUUUUUUCUGUUACAGAGCUCUCUCUUUCUCUCUCUCUCUCUCUCUUCAGUCUUUUUUCUCCUUGUUUGUCCGCCUGACAUUGUGAGUGAGUCAGUUGGUUCUUACCUCUCCUGUAUUGAGCCUGUGAUGAGUCCUUUGUAUGCAGUGUUUUGAAAAUACUGUAGGGAACAUGGGAAGAAAUUGAUAUUAGGAGCAUUUGAUCAAUUUGUAUUUAUUUAUUUUAUCAUUUUGUUAAUAAAUUGAUAAAGAAUACUU